UAAUAUAUAAACAUAAAUGAAUAUAUAUAUCUAUGAAUUUAUAUACAUAUCACUGUGAAACAAGAGAGGCGAGAGGAAAAUUCUACCAUCGGGGCUGGUCUCUGAUUGUGUGAUCGUAUACAAUAUUUUCAAUAUAAUUUUCUUUGAUCUUCAACGUCAAGAGGAAGGAAGACUAUGUACUCAUUUUGAAUUUUUUUGUUUUCCUGUUGCUACUUCCCCCACCCCCCUCGCUCUUUUUUUUUGCAUCUGAGGGGAAUGAAGAGAGGAAAGUAACAGGAUUUGGAGAAAAAAGGAAAAUCAGUCGAAUUGCUGUGAUUAGUGUUAUUUGCGUCAGUAUUAGCGCUCUGCGAGCUGAUCGCUGCGUGUGAUCUGAGGAGGCAGCAGAGAAAAAGUGCCACACCACGCCGCUCAGCCAGCACAGCCAGCAUGCACAAACACCACCACUGCUGCAAGUGCCCAGAAUGUUACGAGGUGACUCGCAUGGCCGCCCUGCGCAGGAUGGACGCCCCUCAGUACCAAGAAUGGCAGGCCGAGCCCUAUGGAUACCCGGCCGGGUACGGGCCCGGGGGCGGGCAGACCUUACCCCAGCCUCCAGCCUCGGGAGGAGGAGGCAUGGGAGGAGGAGGGGGCACUCUGGGGAGAAGUAAGGGCAAGAUGAUGUCUUCCGGGGGUCCCGGAGGCCCAAACCCCAAGCUCCAAUCCAAGGGUGGCCCCAAGGUGAAUGGCAACAACGCUGGUGGUCAAGCAGGUUGGUGGCCGGAGUGCACCUGUUCCAACCGGGACUGGUACGACCAGGCGAACCCUCCCCCCGUCAUCGUCAACACAGACUCACUGGAUGCAGGCCCUUAUGUAAAUGGCAGUGAUGGGAUGUAUAAAUAUGAAGAGAUCAUCUUGGAGAGGGGUAACUCUGGCCUGGGCUUCAGCAUCGCUGGGGGGAUGGACAAUCCACACAUCCCAGAUGACCCAGGCAUCUUCAUCACCAAGAUUAUCCCUGGAGGAGCUGCAGCUAUGGACGGCAGGCUGGGGGUGAAUGACUGUGUGCUGCGUGUGAACGAGGUGGAUGUGUCUGAGGUGGUCCACAGCCGGGCGGUGGAGGCCCUGAAAGAGGCUGGCCCUGUGGUCAGGCUGCUGGUCAGGAGAAGACAGGCCCCUCCUGAGACCAUCCUGGAGAUCAACCUGCUCAAGGGGCCCAAAGGCCUUGGCUUCAGCAUCGCUGGGGGGAUCGGCAACCAGCACAUCCCUGGAGACAACAGCAUCUACAUCACAAAGAUCAUUGAGGGCGGGGCCGCGCAGAAAGACGGUCGGCUGCAGACCGGAGACCGCCUGCUAGCUGUGAACAACAUCAUCCUGCAGGACGUGCGUCACGAGGAGGCGGUGGCGGCACUGAAGAACACCUCUGACAUGGUCUACCUCAAGGUGGCCAAGCCCGGACCUGUGCACCUCAACGACAUGUACGCCCCUCCGGACUACUCCAGUAGUCUGGCCCUCCCUGCCCUCCCUCCAGCCUUCCCUGCCCUCCCUCCAGCCUUCCCCACCAUGGUGGACAACCACAUCAGCCACAACUCAGGCAUGGCCUACAUGGGAGCUAUGGAGCCCAAGCCCGUCUACAGCCAGCCCCCCCAGGUCACGCCCUCCAGGUACUCCCCAGACCCCCGCCACAUGCUGGGGGAGGAAGACUUCACCAGUCCCGCCCUGCGCCCUGACGCUGUCGCUCUGUUUGGCAGGGAGCCGCGGAAGGUGCUGCUUCACAAGGGCUCCACAGGGCUGGGCUUCAACAUCGUGGGCGGCGAGGACGGAGAGGGCAUCUUCGUCUCCUUCAUCCUGGCUGGAGGACCAGCAGACCUGAGUGGAGAGCUGAGGAGGGGAGACCGCAUCCUCUCGGUGAACGGGGUGAACCUGCGGAAUGCCACCCACGAGCAGGCAGCUGCAGCGCUGAAGCGGGCCGGCCAGACAGUCACCAUCAUUGCCCAGUACCGACCAGAAGAGUACAGCCGGUUUGAGUCGAAGAUCCACGACCUGAGGGAACAGAUGAUGAACAGUAGCAUGAGCUCUGGUUCGGGCUCCUUGCGCACCAGCGAGAAACGCUCCCUCUACGUCAGAGCUCUUUUUGACUAUGACCGGGCCAGAGACAGCUGUCUGCCCAGCCAGGGCCUGAGCUUCUCCUAUGGGGAUAUCCUGCAUGUCAUCAACGCCUCCGAUGACGAGUGGUGGCAGGCACGUCUGGUCACGCCCCACGGGGAGAGCGAGCAGAUCGGGGUCAUUCCAAGCAAGAAGAGGGUGGAGAAGAAAGAGCGAGCGAGGUUAAAAACAGUCAAGUUCCACGCCAGGACGGGCAUGAUCGAGUCCAACAGGCCAGUCAAAGUAAAGCGCAAAAAAAGCUUCAACCUCUCACGCAAGUUCCAGUUUUACAAGAGCAAGGAGAAUAUUGUGCAGGAGUUGGAUUCUGAACAAUGCCUGACGUCAAACACAAGCGACAGUGAAAGCAGCUCAAAGGGCCAGGAAGACACAAUUCUCUCAUACGAGCCAGUGAUUCGACAGGAGAUUCAUUACACGAGGCCUGUGAUCAUCUUGGGCCCAAUGAAAGAUAGAGUAAAUGAUGACCUGAUCUCAGAGUUCCCUCACAAAUUUGGCUCCUGCGUUCCUCACACGACACGUCCGCGGCGGGAGAACGAGAUGGACGGCCAGGACUACCACUUUGUGGGCUCACGGGAGCAGAUGGAGAAGGACAUUCAGGAUAAUAAAUUCAUCGAGGCAGGCCAGUUCAACGAGAACCUCUAUGGGACCAGCAUCUUGUCUGUCAGAGCAGUGGCUGAGAGGGGAAAACACUGUAUCCUGGACGUGUCUGGGAAUGCUAUAAAGCGACUGCAACAAGCACAACUUUAUUCGAUCGCAAUUUUCAUCAAACCAAAAUCCAUUGAAACUCUUAUGGAGAUGAAUAAGAGACAGACAUUUGAGCAAUCCAAUAAAAUCUUUGAUAAGGCAAUUAAGCUGGAACAAGAGUUUGGAGAAUUUUUCACAGCCAUUGUACAGGGUGACUCGCUAGAGGAGAUCUACAACAAAAUCAAGAUGAUCAUCGAGGAACAGUCGGGCCCCUACAUCUGGAUACCUUCCUCCGAGAAGCUCUGAUCUCCCAGCUGUACCCCUCUGUGUCAGUGCAGAGCCCCCCACACCCCUCCUGACACCCCGCCUAUCCCCCAAAUAGCUCCUCCCUCCCCUUUUUUGCAGAUGUUUCAUAUCAAGUUUUAGUGUCAUCAUUAUGUUAAUCUCAAAUGAAAAUAAGUCUUAUCACCAUUCCUGUGACUGUGCACAACCCUGCAUGAGUUUCUCAGCAAAUCCAUUCAAGACUGGAAAUGCCAUUCCGAAUUUGUCAUUUUAAAACAAACAAAAAACGGAAAAGGAGAAAUAAUCCUUAUUUUGUGAAAGGGACUGACAGUUGAAGAUCAGAAUGUUUUCCAGAUGACGCCGGAGUGAGGAGGAGUUGCAGGGGAAUGGAGACUUAAGCAUACAAGUUGGAACACUUUGUAAAUGUUCAUCAAAUCACAUUUUAAAGACGAGAAGCAAAGACCACUUAGGGGUUUUUUCUACAAGGACUGGAUAAUAUCAAGCCCAGCUGAUGGUACUGUUGGAGGAGUCAUCUCUCUUGUUUAUAAUUACUGAAGAAAGUGGUGGAGAAGCCUACAGACUGGUGAUCUAUCACAAACCAGCUUGCUGUUUGAUCAGCUGCCAGUUGUUGGUGCUGCUGCAGCUGAUCAAGACCUCUUGGGAGGCAGAACAACUGAAAGAAAUGAGUUAUGAAUCUCUACAUUUAUAUACUGAAAUCACAAGGUAAAUGAACAAAUCCUACUGAGAUUUUACUACAUAUUAAAAACGACACGUUUUACAUUUCACUAGAAUUGUCUACUUGGAGGGCUGUUAGAGUUCAUUCUUUUUUUAUUUUUGUGGGAUUUUUUGCUUGUGGUUUUUAGCUGCUCUGUGUAAAGGAUGGGGGUAGAGAAGUGUAACGGGGCUCUCUGCAAAACACCAAACUGCCUUACAUCAAAUACAAAUUGUUAUAUUACUACCUGUACUUUGUGAGGGAAGCUACAAAUAAUUGACAAGGAAAAAACAGGAAACAUAUUAUUAUUUUUCUGCGUUGUCCUCCUGACUUCCAGGAGGCCUAACUUGUGAGUGCAAUAGACCGAACGCAUCUCUCACCUCUGUGAAUUCCCAUCUUCCCCCUGUAUUUUUACCCUUUUCCUGUUGUAAUUUAAGAAGACUUUAUUGGAUUCCAAUUUGGGCAGCCAUAGCUCCCUCACCCAUGUUGAGCAGCAGACCACCCUAUUACACUCUCUGCCUUCCAAGAUGAUUCUCUUUGAUUGAAUGGUCACAUGGUACUGUCCUGUAUAUGCCACCCUGAAGGUGGCCUUAAAACGGGUAGAACAAGACAUAUUGUAUUGGAUGUCCUUCUAACAAUUAAAGAGUCAAUAUAACCUGUUUUUGGAUUGUCCCCUUCCCCCCAAAAAAUAACACUUAAGAAGGGUUUGAUUAAAACCUAUAUGCUCUGUGUAUCUAUAAAGUUGUAAUAUUUUUUUGAAUUUGUUCUGGGCAUGUGUUGAGCCACUGUGUUAUGAACCCAAUGGUAUGUCUGGGGCGAGCUAGGUCAGCUCAGGAAUCUAACGCACCGAUAUAAUUUCCCCUGCGACUGAAACGCCAUGUUUGAAAGGAGAAAUGAGGAGUUCACAGAUGUUAAAUGUGAAUGAAAGAGUAACUGACCGAAUGGUCUGAGAUUUUUAAAGGCAUUUGCAUUGAACUCUUUAAUAAGCAGAUGUAUUAUGACUAUCUUAAGAUGUGGUGAAGCUUUGUGAAGACCACUUCUGUGGUAAACCCUGGCCUGAGUUAGCUUUAUGGAUUCAACAGGAUUGAAAUGACCCGCCAAAUCUUCCUUUGCUGAUCUUGGCACUGUGUGUUUAUUUGUUCAUGUGAGGGAACGUCUCUUGUUGAAGAAGAAGGAACACUGUGGCCCCCUACCUGUGAACAUUUAAUUUUCCACCUUUUUUGGAAGAGGGGAAAGGGUUUUCCUCAGACGCCUCAGAGCCAGACCAUCUUCUGUAUGCCCGAAGGAAGUGGUCACCUUACCCUCUGGGUCCCCUGCUCCACCCCCCCACCCCCACCCAAAGCACCUGUACAUGCAGGCAUUUUCUGAACAGGUGUGCCCGCCUGCCAGUCACCACUGCUAAACCAGCUGUCAUUACCUGUGUCAAAACCAGAGUUCAGGGAAUAACCGAAGGGAACAGAGCCAUUUAUAAACUGCUUACAGACUGUUUCAAAGGGUGUGGUAGCUGUCAAAUGUAAAUAUGCCCCCAGCAGAUCCCCCUCACCUGUGCUUCAUGCAUGUGUGAAACCAACUGGGACAAAACACGUUUUUAUAGAUCACAAAUGUCAGGUAAGUAAACUGAGCUGUUCUGAGAUAUAAUUUAAAAAAUGUCCAUAAAAAUGUGUUGUAAUGUUGGUAUUUCUCUAUAGACAAAUAUUCAGCUGCUUAUUGGAACACUUUUUAGUCAGUUGGGAAUUUAAAUCCCUCAAGUAGGGCCUGUCUACAUGUUAUUUCUUGUGGAAAAUAGAUUUAAAAAAUAAAGAAUGGAGACCAGAAGCAGGCAGCAACCUACAAUAUAUUCCAGAAACCAGAGAGGAGUAUUGAUCAAUAUCUGACUUAGACGUUUUAGAACUGGUCCUCUCUGGUGUUUAGUUGAAACACAGCUGACUGUUAAUGUGUCUGGUAUAUCUAUACCUCUCGGUCAGUCAUCAUCUCAAUAAAGCCCAAAGAACUUGAUUUUAUUUAAUUAUUUCCAUUUGAGGUUGCGGUAUAACAAGAUUGAACCUGAAUGCCCGUGUGUGUGUAGAAUUGAUGAUGGUCUUUGUUCCAGUGAGAGAGUCAAGAUGACGUAAGCUUUUCUGGGUGGGGUUGUCGGGUUCUGGUUUGUCCUUUUGGGUGAUGAGUUGUUUGUGACAGCACACCUGUGCAGUAAGUGCUUGCAAACCCUUUGAUUGUACAGUAGUUUCCUUCCUGUCACACUGCAGGUGUUCGAGCCUAUCAGGACGCUGGGCCAAAUGGUCUUCCCUGUCCUAGUCAUAAGGGAGCACAGACCUGCAACUUUUUUUGUUUGGGGUUUUAGGUUUGGACUGGACAAGAGUUUAUUUGUUUGAAAAUAAAAUGUGACUCGGUUA